CGGAAUCGUAGUUGCGUAUUAUUUUCGGACCGAGUUUCGCCCUACGAGUACUGUCGUACUCUAGGUCUGGUUCAGCUAGGAGAGGUGACUUUUCGGAGUCGUUCCUGAGAGGAAAUUUGGAAGUCAAAAGCUGUUUCCGGGAGGAGCUGAGAAGAGGACGCUCACUUCCGGAGAAGGGAGGCUUUCCAACCCGGGAUGGAGGAGGCGGAGCAGAUGCUCUUGGGGACCGGGUCGCUCCCCCCCGAACCGCGUUUGGACCCGGACUCAAAAUGGAGUACUUCCAGAGAAGGUUGUGCGCGGGACCCCAAACAAUUCCCGCCUGGACCGAGCCCAGCCGUCCUUGCUCUGAAGAGCCUCCCCUGGGGCUUGGCCGUCGGCCCCUCACGUGCCAGGGAACAGCUCUUGGGUGUCUGGUGUGUUGGGGAGCCCCUGCAGCCCGGGCUGCACUCGGGGCCGCUGGAAGAGGAGUCAGUGUCUGAGAAAGACCAAGCAGCGAAGCCAUCGCAGGAGGAGGACAUAUCACGGGGCCCGUGGGGAGCUGUGUGCACCUGGGAACAGAGUUCAGGCUGGACCGGUUUGGUGCAGCAGGCCAGACUGGAGAGUGAGGGAAAUGUGGCCCUGGUUCGGAUCAAUGAGAGGCUCCACCUGCAGGUGUACCAGGUCGUGCUGCCAGGCUUUGAGCUGCUGCUCUGGCCCCAGAAUCUGUCAGAGGGCCCGAGCCCAGCACAGCCAACACCAGAGGAUGGGGCAGUGGUGGUGGAAGAAGAAUCUGCUAUACAAAAAGAAGUGUCCUCCCCCAGAGGGGAUACAGCAGAGCCUUGCACAGACUUGGGUUACCAGUCACCUCACAGUAUCCAGGCAGAGAACAUGGCAAGUCCUGGACCUGUGUCUCCAUCCCAGGACCAACUUACCCAAAAGAGCCAACCUCUUGGCCCAUUGCUUCAGGGUGGCUGUGUGGAUGAGGAGGACCCCCUCCCAGCAGAGACAUGGGACACCCAGCGACAUGCCUUCUCAACCAAAAAGUUACAUGUUCCCCAGGACCAGUGCCUACCUGGAGCAAAGACCUCAGAGCCUGGGGCCCAGCUUGAUGGCCUUCCUGUACACUUACGAAGCCUUCCUGGUCCAGCAAGAAGCUCCCCCAAGCAAGGGCGCCGGUACCCGUGUGGGGUAUGUGGCAAGGCAUUCCUGCAGCUGUGUCACCUUAAGAAGCACGCGUUCACACACACGGGCCAUAAGCCCUUUCUGUGCACAGAAUGCGGCAGGAGCUACAGCUCCGAGGAGAGCUUCAAAGCCCACAUGCUGGGCCACCAAGGGGUGCGACCCUUCCCCUGCCCUCAGUGUGACAAGGCCUAUGGCACCAGGCGAGACCUCAGAGAGCAUCAGGUGGUCCAUUCAGGUGCCCGGCCCUUUGCGUGCGAACAGUGUGGCAAGGCCUUUGCCCGCCGGCCCUCCCUGCGGCUCCAUCGCAAAAGUCACCAGGCGCCCACUGCCCCUGCCCUGUGCGUGUGCCCGGUGUGCGGGCGCUCCCUGGCCAACCAAGGCUCCCUGCAGAACCAUAUGCGUCUCCACACAGGAGAGAAGCCCUUCCUGUGCCCACACUGUGGCCGGGCCUUCCGCCAGCGGGGCAACCUGCGCGGGCACUUGCGGCUCCACACUGGAGAGCGCCCUUACCGCUGCCCGCACUGUGCUGACGCCUUCCCCCAGCUGCCCGAGUUGCGGCGCCAUCUCAUCUCCCACACGGGGGAGGCCCACUUGUGCCCUGUGUGUGGGAAGGCCCUCCGAGACCCGCAUACCCUCCGUGCUCAUGAGCGCCUACACUCUGGGGAGAGGCCCUUCCCGUGCCCCCAGUGUGGCCGGGCAUACACACUGGCCACCAAACUGCGGCGUCACCUGAAAUGCCACUUAGCCGACAAACCCUACCGCUGCCCCACCUGUGGCAUGGGCUAUGCCCUCCCCCAAGGCCUCAAGCGGCACCAGCUUAGCCACCAGCCCCGGGGCCCUCCCGCUGUCCCCUCUGCUCCUCCUGCUGCCUCUGAACCCACUGUGGUGGUCCUGCAGACUGAGCCAGUGCUGCUGGACACGGGCAGCCAACAGGAAGUGCCCCCAGGCAAGGAUAUGGUCGAGGUGACCAUUGCACAGAGCCAGGAGAAGUGCAUCGUGGUGCCGGAGGAGCCAAGCCCGGUCCCCAGCAUGGUGCUGGUCCAUAAGGAUGUGGGCAGCCUUUGGUGGCUGGGCUGAAGACGUGGAGGGGGGAGGCAGG